AUGCAGACCGGCACUUUCCUCCUAGUCCUAACCACUGUGGCCACAGUGAGCGCCCAGAGGAGGAGGGCCGAGGGCAAUGCCCAUCGCCGGUCCCAUCGGGUCCAGCACGGUCAGUGCAGCUACACGUUUGUCCUGCCGGAACCUGAACCAUGCCCACCAGGGCCAGAGGCCUUUGGCAGCAGUGCCAACACCCUGCAGCGGGACUCCCCGGCAGAAGCACUUCGGGGGAGUGAUUGGUCAGUCCAGAGGGUGCAACAGUUAGAGCGAGUUCUGGAGAACAACACCCAGUGGCUGCUGAAGCUGGAGAGCUACAUCCAGAUGAAUAUGAAGUCAGAGAUGGUUCAGAUCCAACAGAAUGUGGUCCAGAACCAGACAGCCACCAUGCUUGAGCUUGGCACCAACCUGCUCAACCAGACAGCCCAACAAACAAGGAAACUCACCGAUGUGGAAGCCCAGGUACUGAACCAGACAUCCAGGAUUGAGCUCCAGUUACUUGAGAACUCACUGUCCACCAACAAGCUAGAGAAGCAGCUGCUCCUGCAGACAAAUGAAAUCCACAAACUGCAGAAUCGGAACAGCGUGUUAGAGACACGAGUGCGGGCCAUGGAAAGCAAGCACCAGAGCGAGCUGGAGGGCAUCCGGGGCGAGAGGGAGAAGCUCCGGCGCCUGGUGAAUCGUCAGAGCAGCACGCUGGAGGGCCUGGAGAGGAGCCUGCAUGCUGCCAACAGCAACACCAGCCUCCUUCAGAGGCAGCAGCGGCAGCUCCUGGACUCCGUGCAGCGCCUGGUUCACAUUGUCUCCAGCGGCAAAGCUCUGUUACAGAAGGAUGAGCAAUCCUUCCAGGACUGUUGGGAAAUCCGCCUCUCUGGGGUCAACAUCAGUGGCGUCUACACUAUCCACGUGGCUAACUGGACCGAGCCCAAGAAGGUAUACUGUGACAUGGAGACCAGUGGUGGGGGGUGGACCCUCAUUCAGCGCCGAGUGAAUGGCAGCGUAAACUUCCAAAGGAACUGGAAAGAUUACAAACAGGGCUUUGGUGAUGCUGCUGGGGAGUACUGGCUGGGCAAUGAGGCGCUGCACCAGCUCACCAGCCAGUCAUCCUAUGCCCUGAGGAUUGAGCUGCUGGACUGGGAAGGGAACCAGGCUUACGCCCAGUAUGAGCGAAUCCAGCUGGGCAGUGAGCAGCAGCUCUACAGGUUGACGCUGAAGGAGUACAGUGGCACAGCCGGUCACCAGAGUGGCUUGGUCCUCCAGGGCACCAACUUUAGCACCCGAGAUUCUGACAAUGACAACUGUCUUUGCAAGUGUGCCCAGAUGCUGUCUGGAGGAUGGUGGUUUGAUGCCUGUGGGCUCUCCAACCUCAAUGGUAUCUAUUAUCCAGCCAGGCACAAUGUCCGAAAACUCAAUGGUAUCCGGUGGCACUACUUCCAGGGCCCCAGCUACUCACUUCGGGCCACACGCAUGAUGGUGAGGCCCACAGACUUCUAGAGCUAUGACAGCCCAGGCCUGGAAGGCCAUCAGUGACGAUCAGGGGGACAGAGAUACUCCCCCAACCCGAGAAGAACUACCUAAAGCUCAACACACCAGGAGGGUUGUUUGAGAUGCUUGAAGGUCUGCCUGCAGGAGGAGCAGGACCUCAGCAGACUGCUGGAUUCCACAAAUUCAUUUGUACUUUCCAAAACAAGACCAGCUUUGGAUAGCACCAAGGUGCUGGCAGUCAGAGUUGGACUAGCCUUACCAAAAUGGCCAGACUGUCUCCUGGAGGCCACACUGGCAUUGGCUCCAGGGCUCAGAUUCUUGUGGUUCCCUCAUCCUGGAAAGGUCCCACCGAGCAGUUUCUUAUGGGCUCCUUGG